GUCCCGGAUAAGUUUAAUCAGUUGCUUUUCACCUUUGAUUCUAGAGCAAUGGCCUGGGAGAUGAACAACCCGUUUGUGGGCUCGCAGCAAGGGUUGCCGGCCAACUUCAAGACGAUUCCUCUUCCAGAUGACAAUUUUGGCUUUGACCCUGAGGUGUACGGAGAAAAUGAAGACCUCGACUCAAUUCUAUAUGACCUUGGCAUUUCCGAAGGAUACAGCCAGCAGCAGACCAAGUUUGAGAAGAAGCACUCGAGACAGACCAGUGGCUCCGGCAUUUUUGGCUACGUGGGCUCUGGCGACGAUACGCAGCUGGCUAUUCCUGGGCUCCCCGUGGUGGACAUUAAGAAUAAAAAACCGUUGUACCAGCCCAUAGAACGAUACAUUGAUAGCACAUACAUUACAAGCAGUGUUUCUUCACAGACAGCACCCAAACCUGCGCCAGAUUACUUUGUGACUGGUCAGCACGACGGCUACAAGUUCCCCCCUCCAAAGCCAGAAAGCAGGCAGGAGACCCCAAUCAAACCCCAGGACUCGGCAGAUGCUGUCUCUGGGUACACGCCGCUUCGUGCCACUAGCAGCUAUUCUGCCCAAGAGCUCAUGACUUUGAGACAGCUACAAGAGCAAAAGGAAAGCAAGUCUGCAAAUAGUCAGUUUACGCCGAUUAAGGUAAAACACACGUUUGUGGACAUUAAAACGCCGACGCCACAGAAACAGCCCGCGCAUUUCAGUUGGACGCCGACGCUCAUCACUAAAAAAGACUCCGUUUCCGAACAGAUCAUCCAGGAACAGCGCAGGUCUCCAACGAAAAAGAAAAAACCAACCAUCACCUCGACGCUCGAGCGUGGUGCGCUCGACGUGCAUUUCGUCGGGCCCGACGAGAACGACAUGUUCAAAUGCAUAUACAACGACUGCGGCAAGCUGUUUACGAGAGUUUCCAAUAUUAGAGCACACAUCCAGACGCAUCUCUCUGACCGGCCGUUCAUGUGCGACAAGUGCGGUAAGGCGUUUGUGCGAAAUCACGAUCUCAGACGACACUACAAGGGCCACGAAGAAUUCAAGCACGUUUGUCCGUGUGGCAAGAAGUUCCCACGACAGGACGCUCUAAAGCGUCACCGGAUCAGAAAUAUAUGCAUUGGCGCGCUGCCAGACGAGAAGGGCGUGUUCAAGAAGAAACAAGGGCCUGCGGCAGGUGCUGUGCCAAACGCUAAACGAGGCCGUCCGCGCAAAGUCGACGAGAAGACCGAACAGAGGCUGCUGCAGGACCUCGAUACGCCGCAGUUCCAGCCGUACAUGGACACAAGCCCGUCGAUCUCGCCGGACAUGGGCGUUGGGCAACCGCUGGACAUGAGCUUCAAGGAGCCGUUCAAGGACUCGUUCUACUACGAGGCAGGUGAUUUCGCAAGCAGCCUGGAACCCGAGUUCUCCUUCAGCGUUGACGACUACGAGUUUGGCCGGGGUGUAUAGUAUGUAUUAAUAUUAAUGAUAAGCGACGUCGACUCAGUACGGAAUGCCGUUCGUGAGUCUUUGGAACUCGUCGUAGCCCUUGGUGGCCAGCGACUCGAACGAUUUUCUAAUCAGCCCGCGGAUGUACUUGGCCGCUUCCUUGUCGCUUUUUUUCGGCACGAACCGUGCCGUUAAAUGUUUGAUGGUAGCAGGCUUGAAGCACGGCAGCCCCGAGCUCAGCAUCGGCACCACCAUGUUGACGAUCGCGUCCAUGUAUGGUCGACAAACCAAGAACGACUUGACACACAGCUCCUCGAACCACUUGUACGCCUGUGUGUCUGUGGAGCCACCCAUCACACGCACCAUCUCGCGCGUCAGCUUGAACGGCGACUGCUCGAACUUGACGCCGCCGGGCACGAUGUCGAAACAGAAGCCAAAGUCGACGUGCAAGACGUGGCCCUGGUCGUCGUACAUGAUGUUUCCGUUGUGUCUGUCCUUGAUUUCCAGCAAAUACGUGAUGAUGGAGUAUGCGGCAAGCGAUUUCACAAAGUUGUUGCGAGCCUUUUGAAACUCGAUCGAGGUUUCUGGCCCGUGCUGACUGAUAAAGUACUCGUACAGCCCGUUGACGGCCUCUCUGCCGAGCAUGUCACGCGAGAUGGAGUUCGGUAGCACGUCGAUAAUACCGCAGCCGGGCGCCGUCGCGGUCACCCGAUACGGGAAAACAAACACGUCCAGGCCGGCGUCCAUCCAGAUCGUCCGGAACAACGACAUCAGUUGCAACGCAAGCAAAUCCUGUCUGCAGUCGUCGCCGACCUUGAAAAUAGCGCUGAGGUCCUCGAUGCGCUGCGUCUUCUCGCCGUCGAGGGAGCUGACUUCCUUGCGGAUCUUGAACGUGGCCAUGAACGGGGCCUUAGCGUGCGACUGCAGCGGCUUUCCAGACUGCCGGUUGAUGUCCACCACCACGCCCUGCGGGUUGCUGGGCAGGUAGACGCCUUCCUCGACCUUGAUGGCCGCCAUGUGCUUGUCGAUCUGCGCUUUUUUCUCCGGCUUGCUGCUUUUGAUGUAUGGCUUCAGUUUACCAGAAAUGCCAGUCACCUCCUCGAAAAAUUUAAACUCCUUCUCGUAGUACGCCCUGUCUUGAGGCGUGAAUUCGGCCACCAUCGUGGACCGGAUCUCGUCCAGCACGGGCUUGAUGUCGUCCGGCACCGUCGAGUCCUCGUCCUUGUACGAGUUUGCUGCCAUGUUCCAGAUGAUCUGGUGCGCAAAUAGCUGGGACACCUUGGCCGUCUCCAAAAUAAACCGGCGAACGUAGCCCAGUCUCAUGUCAAACCGCAGUGCUUGCACAAUCUGUGGCACGUAGAAAAACGUCAAGUGAGUAUCAAAACUUUCAAGAGAACGCAUCGUGUACUGCAAAAUGAUCGGGUCGCUGUUGAAUGGCGGCAGAAACAGGUUGAUUGAGUCCGACGGCGACGCAGCCGUGGACAGCACCAUUAGCGACGGCACCUUGACAUUGUCGCUGCCCAGCAACAGCCGCAGCGCAGUCGGAUCGUCGAUAACCUUGAGCGGGUCGUUCUGGAUCAGAUGUCUGAUUGGUCUCUCCAGCGAGAGCGUCCGGUACCGCUCGACCAGAUUCAAGGCUAGACGGCCGUCCAGAGCGUACGCAUCCGCCAGAACACGGUCCGUGACCUUCACGCUGCUGUAAGAGCCGGUGGUAUCCACUGGGUGCAGCGGAUGUAGCCAUGUAGCCAAGAAACUGAUCUCGUGGUCAAGGAAAAGCAGCAAAAACACGCGUUUGCGCUCAAACUCUGGGUUUUCUGGGUACCGCGCGUCCAUGAAAAGCUUAGCAGUCAUGUUAAGGAUGGCAAAGUCGCCUCGGAUCUUCAUUUUGUUGUUCCCAUACGGAGGACGGUGUCUGGUAACAAACCACGAGAGCGCACCGUCUAAAAUCGCAGAAGUGAGCCCGGGGACGUCUCUGGUUCCGAGACCACGGUGCACCUUGAGCACGCUCAGGGCAAAAUUGAUGAGUUCGAAACGCGCUGUGCGAGCAAACGGAUGCGUACUGGCAAAAGAAAGUCCUAGUAGCGCAAUUAACACUGUCCGCGUAAACAUCUUCAAAAUAUGGCUGCUCUGGUACCGUGUGGCUUCAAAAUGCGACGCUAGCAGUCUAAAUAGCAAUAGGUGUGGCUUUAUGUUUUUUGACGCGCUGCGGCCGUUGUAGUCUAUCUGCUCCUUGCUUGUUGGCAGAUACUCCAUUUUGUUGUACUUGGAGUUCUGAAUAUCAAACUGUUUGUUGUAAAGACCUUUCUGCAGCUUGAUGGACACUUCCAGACGCUGGCAUAUCUCAGAGAGCACGACCGGGGCCAGGUCCGAGCGCACCUUCAUGAUGCUUAGCCACACACCAACACCGAGCUCAAUUGAGUCGGCGUCGAAAAUAGCAAACGGAAUUGCCACCACCUCCCGCAGCAAGUCUCCCAUGCCGUCCGAGGAGCGGAUGAUCAGCGACGCGGCCGCCUGGAGAGCGAGUCUGAGCGAUUUGGGAGCCACAGGCAGGUGUGCAGACACAGUUGCUUGUAAAUCGGCCAUUUUCCUCACUGUGUGCAUGUGUAGAGCACGCAGACCAGCGGCCUCGUGGUCGGUGAGCCGAAGCAGCGGGUCGUAGCCACCGGCUUUCCAGGGGACUUGCGACAGGAACGCUGACGUGGUGUUGACGUGGCGGCCAGACAGCCCGUCAACGGUCGACAGAUCGCGAUCCGCAGGCAUCACCUUGCCCGCCAUUUCCAAGGCUAACGUGACACCGUAGUUGACCCCUUUCCUGGACGCGCCAUCGACCUUUGAGACGUACGAUUGAAGCAGCGACUUGGUGUCUUGCGGACAUUUGAGCAGACACAGCGGGAUCCAUUUGCGGGCAGAGCUGGUCAGCAGGUCGAGCGUCUUAUGUCUCCAUUUGUACGAGUCAGAAAGCAGCAGUUUCACGCCGGACACCGGUGCGGUAAACUCGAUGCGCGGCUCGUACUCGUUGGCGUCUGCGUCGAUGACGCUCUCGUAGAGCAGACUCAAAAUGUCGAGCAGCGAAAAGAGUGAUACCUCGUAGCAGAGCAGCACAGGAGCACGCACAAUUAGGAGCUCGGUGCACUGCAGCGCUGCGUUCUGGAGAGCAAAGUCUCUGUGGCAGCAGUAGAUGAACAAUUGCUGGAGCUGGCGUGUGAUCUUUGCUGUGGUGAACGACGAGGAACCGCCUCUCUGGACGCGGCGGAAAUACUGCGACGUGACGUAGAACGCAAUAGAGCCGGAAAAGUCCUGCAAGUUAGAGAUCGAGAUGGUUGGGUCCGACAGGUACUCCAGCGACAUGGAGCAGUUGCCGCACUCGGCACGCAGACUCUCAAGCAGCAGGUUUGAGGCCAGGAACAUCAGCUUGGGCCGCGAGAUUUGCGUCUCGAAAACUUUCGCGUCGAUCGACUUCGACGUGAUAAUCGAGCUCAGCACGUCCUUGUGCAGCUUCUCGGUGUGUUUCGAGGUGCCUCUGCGAAGCACCGUGUUCAUGUCGAUCGAUGUCUCUGUGCGGUUCCACGAUGACUCCGACGCCAGGGCCGGCGAGUUGUGCGCAACACGCAAGAGGCUGUCGUGGUUGGCAGCCAGAAGCUCGGAGCUGUGCGCGUAGCCGUGGAUGCACAGGUUGAACCACAUGUCCUUGAACAACGCGACAGUCUCUUUUUCGGUCGGAAUGAGUGGCUCCUGGUCGAUGGGGGGCAAAAGAUAAGCCAGUGGUUUCAAAUAUAGAGAAAUCUCCGAAGCAGAGAUCGACACCUCGUUGUUGGAUCGGUGGUGCUCCAGGUCGUCAAUAUCGCCCUUGGAAAUUAUGGCCGACAGCAUCUCGUGCAAAUAUACAGUGUAGAGGCUGGUAUUUGCUCUUUUGGCCAUAAUCUCGGAAAAUUCGAUCCACACAGAGCUGAUCCGGGAGAACGAGGCCUUGUCCUUGGUGGAAAUGAUCGAGAUGUCGAAAAAGUGUCUCACUAAAAUCAGAAACUCCCGCUCCUCCAUCACGUCUACAAAACCUGUCAGCCCGCGCAGCAACAGACAGUUCAGCUCGGUUGGCGCUCUGCGCACUUUCUGGAAAAGAAUUGUCACGGCCAGAAUGUUGAUAGAUUCGUCUCUGAACGCCUUGGCGAUCUCCAAAACUGCCGCAAUCACGUUUCGGUACACGAGCGGCAUUACCUCGAGCGAGUACGAGCCAUCCUCGGUCAACGUCGAUGGAGGCCGCCCGGUCGUCGACGAGAGCGAGGGUCUGAGCUCUAUCGUACCGCUCAUAGUGCCGCUGUUGGGCUUUGUAGCAUCGGUCAGGAUGUUUGUGAGACUGUACACGCACGAGACAACGUCGUCCUCGGUCAGGUUUUUCAGGCAGAACGACAGCGACUGUGCGAGCUCACUGACGGUCUCACUGUUCAGAACUGGCAGCGACAAAAUCGUAGGAAGACACUUGCUGAGACGGAGACCAAUAAAGCUUUUUUUAGCCGAAAGGAGAGCUGCGCUCGCAAAUAUACUUGUGAGCAGCUCAGAGUUGAUCAUCUCCACCACCUCGCUCGUGCAGUUACCGUCUAUCUUGUACAGCUGCUCAAGAUAGUCGUCCAUCAGCGCGGUGGCAAAGUUCAGGUCCACUACGGAAAGUGACGAGCCCAACGCCAGUAUCUCUAUUGUGGACGCCUUGAUGGAGUAGCCUGCGUUUCUGCGGCCAAACGUAGAUGUCACCAGCCUGUCUGAGCCGUUGUUGACGUAUUUGUUGUUGGCAAUAGCCGUCAGCGCAAGCUCCUUAAGCAGCGAUGUGUCCAACUUUUUCUGGAGCUCCUUGGUGUCGCUCUGCAAGACGUGGAAAGCCAGCGAUUUCUCAGACUUGCACCCUAGCUGGCACUUGAGGAACUCUACCGCAAGCUUCUGCACCAAAAACAUGAAAAACAGUGAUGAAAACUCAAAACCAUAGUCCUCAAAGUUGUUCACCAUCUCCACAUAAACGUGCUCGUCGAUCGAGCCGAUACAGGACUCGACUUGGGGGAAAAACGCUUCGUCGAAAACCAUCACCACCCGACGCAGAAGAUCGGAGCUGACAAACGCAAUGUUUUUGGUCAGCCCCUGCAGAAGCCCCACGUAGCAAAAUAGAGUCCUCAGGUCUGCUGAGUCCGAAUGUAAGCUGUCAAUAAACUGGAAAAUCAAAUCCUGGCACUUAGGCCUCAAUUUUGGCAAAGUUAAGCCCAAAGUCGAAAUCGCAACAACCAGUUCGUACGACAGCUUUGUCCAUGGUGUGGGAAAGUACGUCUUCAGUGUCCUUUUGGAGGAGAAUUUGUCGGUGCCCAAUUCCGCUAAGUAGAGCCCAAAUCUAGAGAGCA